AUGGCAACCCGCCUCCUCGCCGCCGCGGUGCUGCUGCUCGCGCCGGCGGGCGCGCUCGCGGCCCAGGCGUUCCUGGGCGCGGGCCGCGGGGGCCCGCCGGAGGGGGCGCAGGGCGCGAGCCCCCGGGGCAGCGCCGCCUCGGGGGCGGGCCGAGAUGGUGCGCUGGCGCGGAAGGAGGCGGACCCCAGGACCAAGAAGGAGCAGGAGCUCCAAAUGCUCGAGGCCGUGUUGGAAAGCUUGGACGCCGAGGGCGAGCCGACCGUCAGCGACAUCUCGAGGCGCCUGGCGGCGAUCGCGUCCCGCAGGGCCGAGCGCGGACAGCCCGGGAGGCCUGCCAGAGCCGAGCGCCGCGGCAGGAAGCCCGCGCAGGUCGCCGCACCCGAGCAGGCACUCGGCCCCGAGUCUGGCGGUCACCUGAGCACCUCCUGGGGCGUCGAGGAGGCGAGCGCGCCGGGCCUCACGGGCGGGAGCAGCCCCGAGGUGGGCACCGAGGCGCCGGCGACCCAGGAGCGCAUCGCGGCGGAGGCGCGGAGGGCGGAGGCCGCCAGUGCCGCGCGGGCGAGGGAGGCCCAGGCCCAGGCCUUCUCGGACCUCGCGGGCGCGCUGGCCCGGGUCGAGGGGAGGCCGACGCGCAGGGCGGCCGGCCACCCGAGCCAGGGCUCGGCAGGGGCGGGUCCCUCGUCGGCGGAGGCCGUCGGGGCGUGGAGGGCCGAGGCCCUCGAGGCCUCGCGCGGCCUGGAGGAGGCUGAGGGGCAGGAGGAGAGCGACCUCGGGGAGGCGAAGCCGCAGGGCGAGGAGGAGGGGGACCCGGAGAGGGUCGCGGAUCUCGUCGACGAGGCUGAUCCACGGAACGCGUCCGAGCUGGCCGACCUCGCGGAGGCGCUGGCCCAGGUCGAAAGGAGGCCAAAGCGUCGGGCAGCCGGCCGACCGCUCCGGAUUCCAUCCGUUGCGGAUGCGGACUCCAAGAUGGUAGAGGCCCUGAGGGUUUGGAUGGCCGAGUCCCUGGAGAGGGCCAUAAAGGACGUGCGCCACGGGGAGAGCGACCUCGACCAGGGCAAGCCAGAUGCCAAGGAAGAUAACAAUUUGACGGCCGUGGAUCUCACUGAUGAAGCUGAUCCGAAGAACGCGUCCGAGCUGGCCGACAUCGCGGAUGCACGGGCACAUAUCCAAGGAAGAUCAAGUCGUGCGGCUGCCCGUCACGGUAGACAGGACUUGAGGAGUUGGGUGGCCAAGGCGUUGGAGGCCAUGCGGGGUGAUGGACGCCAUGAUGAGGACAAGGUGUUGGAGGCCAUGAUGAGGAAGCCUCGGGGUGGCCAGUCUGAUACACACGCCAAGGUUGUGGACGCCAUCAUGAGCUGGAUGGAGAACCUUGACGAAGAGGCCGACCCCGAGACCGCGUCCGAGCUAGAGGAACUCGCGGCUGUGAUCGCUCAGGCCAGGUCCUUGCAGCGCAGGCUCAAGCGAAGGCACGAGCCAGAGGGCGAGGCGACAGAGAACACCACGCGCCUGCGGCCAGCGCCCCCGACCUCUGCUCCCAACCGCGCGGGCUCGCGGCCCGACGCCGCUCGCAGGGCGGACCGCGCCGCAGCCGUGGCUGGGGCAGCGCAGCUGGAGCCUAACACGCCCGAGGAGCCGCGGAAGCAGCACGGCCCCGCGAACCGGCCGGCCGCCGCGGGUGGCGCGAUCGAGAGGGCGGACGCGGACACCGACGCGGCGAGCUAG